AUGGCCUGGAUGGAGCCGAUUGCGACCAAUUUCUUGGCAGCCAUCAGUGCAGAUCUGGUCCAUGUGGCCGCUUGCUCCGUCGAUCUCGACAUGCACAAAGCCUGGCUUUUUGCCACGUCUUUUAGGGCCUUUCAGGCUUUUGCCUCUACAUGUCCGCACACCGAGGGGACCCACUUGGCUCUGCAGGGUUUGCGUGAUGAGUUUGGCAACUUUUGCAGCCGGGCUUCGGCAGAGUACCCCCCCCCUUUAGCAGACAUGUAUGCGGAGCAAGCUCUGCCCCUCUUCGACGUGAAACAAGGGGGAGGUACGGCCCUUUCUUUCGCCUCGGUGCCUUUGCUUUCCAAGCCUAAGGCCCUACAUGAGGCUCCCAUGGCCUCACAAGAUGGGGCCGGCAUCUUUUCCACGCCAGACUGGAGCGCUCCACCCUCGGGAGCCACCGAUGUGUUUGCGCACCUUAGGCCUAAGCUGAUGGCCUUUCUUCUUCAUGGUCGUUUCCCGCAACGUUUGCGCACUUUGGUUUUGGGAGGCUCCGCGGAACCCCUUUUCUCCAGCUCAGAGAUAGACGAUCUGCGUGGCAUCUUCCAGGAUUGGCUCUCCGCGCAUUUCCCGGCCAUUUCCGUAUCCUGGGAAAUCUCUGCAGGGCAACCAUACUGCCUCCAGGCGCUGGCAGCUGUCUCACGCAUUUGCCAAGAUCGAGACUCAUCCCUGUUCACUUGUCUGGAACAGGGUGUUCCUACUGGCUUUGACGGAGACAUUCCUUUGUCCAAUGUCUUCUUGCCACAAGGUGGGGGCCAUCCUUUCGAGCAAUCACUUGGCAUUUGUCAUGGUAAUUGGUCCAGCGCUGAAGCGGAUCUUCCAACCUUGCAUGCCUUAGUGGAAGAGGAGAUCUCCAAUGGCUGGUUCUUGGAGCUGGAUUCUUUGGAAGCAGCUCAAGAGCGUUUUGGCGACAAGCUGGCCAUUGGAAAGAUGUCUAUAGUUAAAGCUGAAGGCAAAAAGCCCCGUCUUGUGGUGGAUUCCACUGUCUGUCCUGGCCGUCGUUGGCUCUUUUACCGCGUUUGCCCUUUCGGAGCGAACUUCUCGGCCCUCUGGUUUCAGCGUCUUGGAAGCUUUUUCCUUCGCACCCUUCACCUUUGGACCUGGCUCCGACACGCCCUACUGGGCUAUGUGGACGAUUUUAUCCUGUUUCAGGACCAGGAGGUCAUCGGCCUUACAGCGUGCAUGACUUUGGCUUUUUGUGCUUUGUUCAACAUACCCUUGUCCAAUGCCAAGUUACAGCUUGGCAGCUGUAUCCAUUGGAUAGGCUGGCACUUUUCCUUCGGCUCUGGCACUUUCUCCAUUCCGAUUGAAAAAGUCCAGAAGCUAAAGCGCUUGCUGCAGGAAGCUUUGCAAGGUCGCCAUGUUUCAAAACGGACCCUGGACAAGGUCACCGGGUUGUUGCAGUGGUUUUGCAAGCUGUAUAAGCAUUUCAAGCCCUGGCUGCAAACCUUGUACGCUGAUGCCAACCGCCCAUUGGCCACCAACUACAGCAUUGACCCUGGCGAUUGGCCCGGCUUGGCCAUUUGUGUUAACGAGGGUCUUGUCUUCACUUCCACGCCGCCGGGAACGAGCAUUCCGACAGGCGCGAAGCUCAUUGAGGCCAGGCACUUGGCACUGCAGUCUAAGAAAGACCUUGCCAAAAUUCCCACAUCCAAGCGCAUUUGGAUGAGAGUGACGGACCCCUCCACCACUCGCCGCAAGCUUUCAGUUUCCAGCCGUGAGAGCCUUCAGUUCUGGCUUAAGUGGUGCGAGGUUCCACCCCUUUUCUUUCCUUUGCAGAAACCUGCGGACGUUCCCAUCGUCUGCGCUGCUGCCGACGCCCGCGCAGAUGGGGACCUUGUCGGGAUAGGGGGUUUUAUCGAAUGGCCUUCACGCCAAAUUUCGUGGUUCAGCCAGUCGUGGCGUGUCUCAGACCUUUCUUCACUGGGUGUGCCCUUGCAGGUGCCAGCUCACCAGGACAUCACAUGUUACGAGACAUUGGCACAGCUCGGCCUAAUUCUUUGUCUCCAUUCCGUGGUGCCUUUGGCACGCUGGACAGUCCGUCUCCGCACUCUUUCCGACAACACAGGCGCAGAGGCAGGCAUCAAUAAGCUCUACAGCUCAGCUUUCCCUUUGUCAGUGUUUCUGAAACGCCUCUCCAUGUUGGCGUGUCUGACUGGCAUUGAGCUUGACGUCUUCCACGUCCCUGGCGAAAAGAACGACGAUGCGGAUUUGCUCUCCCGCUGGAGUGACGAGUCCCAGCCCUUGCCUGCCAAGUUUCUUCCGGACUUUCGUGUGGAUUGCAGCCUGGCACGCAUCUGGCACUUUCGUUCAGAUGUGCGUCUUUGGCCUCCAGAUGCCAAACUCAAAUGGCAGCCGCCAUAA